AUGAGUACCAACGUCUUCCCCUCUGCGUUUCCGCCUACGACUUCCUCCUCAAGCUCUACACUUGUAGACCACUUCCGCCCGACGUCCAUUGCACCGCCCCUUCCACACAACCACAUUACAGACAGCUCUCCACUUUCAAGGGACAACAUGAACACUGCUAGUGCAACGGUCUGGACUCAGCGUCUCUCGGAGUCCUUUGGUGCCAUUGCCGAUCAGAUUACUGCUGCCUCACAAGCCCUCGCGGCGGUCGAGGUGCCCGCAGCUCUUGAUCCUGCUCCGAAUGGCGACUCUGCAGGACCGAUAAACGCGAUUGCGGCCCUUUCGGCGCGCUUGGAGGCGAUCGAACAAGCACAAGAACGACUUGAGGACGAGCUGCGGUCACUUCGCCGGGGAGGAAAACGAGAGUCACUGAAUUUUGUCAAAGAGGUGCCGAGGGAGAACGGUGAGGCACCGGAGCCGGAACCGGAGCCGAACUCGCUCGAGAAGACGGUAGAAGAGUUGUCGAAGAAGGUGGACGGCAUCCUAGAGACGAUCAAACUCGACCACAUGUGGUUGUACCCACGCCUUCAGAACGCGGUGAUCUCGUCGAACAAAACGCAGGUCAAGCCGCUCCCGAUGGCGAACGGGAAGCCACCUGUGAACUUCCCCGGAACAAAGGGGGAAUUUGAGUGCAUGACCAAGGAGCGGUACGAGCAUUUACUCAAAUCUUAUGGCCAGCCAGCCAAGGGCGACACCGCGGCGAAGCGGCAGGCUAUCCGCGAGUUCCUGGGAUUGUCAGCGGCGCAGUGA